AUGGUUAUGAUUGAAGGUUCGAGUCCUUCUAAACUCAUAAAAAUUAAAAAUCACAAUAAAGUACAUUUAAAUGUAUUGGAUAAAUAUAUUAAUAGUUCUAAUAGCAAUUAUUUUUUAAAAAGACCUUUACUCUUAGAUAGUAUUUAUACUUAUAUUAAUAAUAAUCUUGUAAAGAAUAAUUUGUUAUUACAUAGAUUUUUUUCUAAAAAUAUUUUUUAUGUGGGCGCAAAUAAAAAUAAAACACUUAAUUUGUAUAUUAAUAAAUAUGAAUUUUUAGUAUCAUCAGAUAAUAAACAUAUUAGUAAUAACCUAUAUAUAAAAAAUAUUUUUAAAGAAACAUUAUAUUAUGAAUUUAUGGGUUAUACAAAUGAAUUUUUCACUAGUGAAUGUAAAAAUCUAUCUUUGUUUGAUUUUUUAUUAUUAACUGACAGAUAUCUGUCAGUUAAUAAUAAAAAAUCAAACAAAGAUAGAUUUUUACAUUCACUAGUGAAAAAUUCAUUUGUAUACAAUAAGCACAAACUUAAAAAAAUUAACAAUAAUUCAAUUUUUGUUUUAUCUCAAUCAAUAUACGACGUUAAUAAUGACUCAAUUAAUUAUAGAUUAAACAUACAUAAUGUAAAUGGUUUGUUAACUGCGUUAGAAAAAAUAAAAUAUAAAUUUAAAAAUGAAAAAGAUUUAAAACUUAAAAAUUUAAGGACAUACGGUUUGUAUCAAUCUGAUAUGAGCAAUGAUAAACUUUCGUUAGAAAGACCUUAUUUAUGGUUGAAAAAUCGAAUUUAUGAAAAUACUUUUUUUUUUUUAUUAUCAAGGCCUGAUAUGUUAGUGAAAUUUAUUUUUCAUACUUUUUCAUUUAAUGAAAUAUACUAUUUAUACUUGAAUAAAAACAUAUUGAAUAAUAAUGAUAUAUCAUUAUUAUUCAAUAUGUUUUUAUUCAAGUAUAAAAAUAUUAAAAUACCUGAUUGUUCUGAAACAUUUAAAGUUAAACCAUUACUUGAUUGUACAAAUAAAUCAUUAUAUGACUUAUAUCGAUCAAUUGAUUAUACGCCUAUCACAUAUUUCAACGGAACAAGUGUUUACGACUAUUUAUCUUUUCCUUUUAAUAAAAAUAAUUGUAAUCCGUACAAUAAAUAUAGUGAAUUGUACGAUUCAAACAGUAACAGUACAAUUGUAGAUACAGCUUGUUUUUCAAAAUUAGAAAAUUUAUUAUUGGUACGUGAUAAUUUAGGGUUUGAUAUAAACCAAAAACCAUUUUUUUUUGAAUGUGAUGAAAAUGGUAACGAUAACGUAAAUUCUUUAAAGAAAGAAGAAACUUUAAGUAGGGUGGGUCCUUGGAAUAAUUAUAAUUUUUUAACAAAUGAAAGAAAUUUUAUAAAAUAUUACUUAAAUGGGUUAUUAUUUUAUAAUCCUUUAUUUUUUUGUAUAUCGCUUUAUAAUAAUAUUCAUCUGAAUAGGAGAAAUAAAGGUUUAGACGCUUUUUAUAAAGGUCAUAUUAAAUCAUAUUAUAAUAUAUACAUUUAUUUUAUAUCGAAUUCAAUUGAUUUUUUUUCUUUGACUACAUUUAAAGAAAAAGGUAGUAAGAUAGUCGCUAAUCGUGAACGUAUUGAUAUAAAUAAUUUUAUAAAUAAAAAAUAUAAUUGGGUUGCAAAUAGCAGUAUUGUUGUUUCUCGAAAGAGAGUUUGUAGUAAAGAUUACGAUAUUUUGGUAAAAUUGAUAGGUUUUAGGAUGUCCGAACAUAUUUAUAAUACCGUUAAUGAUAUGGAUGAUAAUAAUGGUAUUUUUAUUUAUAAAAACAUGUUGUAUAAUGGUUAUAUUGUGGCAUAUUGUAAAUUGGUGAUACCGUUUUUAGUAACAAUAAAUUUUAUUGUAAAUAUGCAUGCAAUAGCACGUAUGCGCGCAUACUUAUACGUGCUAUUGCAUGCAUAUUUAUAUAUGCUAUUACGUAAUACGAGUAUUAUUGUAUAUACAAAGAAAGAUAUAAAAGCUAAAAUAAAUUGUAAUAUAAAUAUAUAUGAUUCAUUGUUGUACAAAAUUUUAAAAAAUUACGGUUAUAUAAAUGCAUCAUCCAUGAAUGUUGCUUUUAAAAUAAAAGAUUUUUAUAUGUCAAAUAAUCCUACAAAAACGGUUUUGUAUAUAACAUUUGUUACUGCUGCUAAAUUUAUAGGUGCAGGGUUAGCAACUAUAGGGGUUGUUGGUGCUGGUGCUGGUAUAGGUAUAUUGUUUUCUGGAUUAAUUCAAGGAUUAGCUAGAAAUCCGUAUACGGUAGAUAUUUUGUUUAGAUAUACUUUAUUAGGAUUUGCGUUAACGGAAGCAAUGGGAUUGAUGGCUAUCAUGAUGGCAUUUUUGAUAUUAUAUACUUAA